AUGACGCCCUGCCAGGUUACUGCCAACAUAAACAAUUUCUGCAACCCUGUCAGUUUGGACUAAAGCCAAUCUGCCUUUCUUCACGGGGUAAUGACCACAGACAGGAUCUGUGAGCAGGGGAGUGGUGUGUCGGAGAAGGUAAAAGUUCAGUUCAUAAAUAAAACCUUUAACAAGUUGGAUCCAAUAAGGAGCGAGAUUAUGCCAAUGGGGACCAACUUCUACCAAAGCCAAGGCUUUGUUAACACUGAUCCCAGGCCACCAGACUACGCCCACGCUGUGCAGCAGAAGACUGUGAAAGAACUGCUGAUGAUGAAAUGCUUGAAACAGAACUACUUGCAUGGCGACAACAACUUCAUUAAGUCUGAAGAUUUUGCCAGUGACCUGAGUCCUCAGCUGUUUGGCCAUCAAGGACCAGUAAAGUCCCCACAGCACAUGCAACAUGACACCCUGUGGGGACAAGAGUCUCCACCUGCUGAAGGGAAACCCACUUUAUUUCACUGGCAAAUACAGCGAGACGCACAGAGGGUCGGAGGAAUUUCUCCAGAGAUGCUGUACAUGCAGGAUGCGGAUGGUGACACAUUACUUCACAUAGCAGUGGCACAAGGUAGACGGGCUCUGGCUUUUGUUCUCGCUGCAAAAAUGUCUCCAUUUGGCUCUCUGGACGUGAAGGAACGCAACGGGCAGUCAGCUCUUCAGAUAGCGGCUGUCACCAAUCAUCAGUUCAUAGUCCACGACCUGCUGGCACACGGAGCACAGAUCAACAUCCAAGACCUCUGGGGCCGCUCUCCUUUGCACCUGUGUGCUGAGAAAGGACAUUUUCUCACUCUGCAGUACACCUGGAACACUUCCGCGUUGCAACUUGACCGAAAGACAAAUGGCGGACGACAGCAUGAAGGAGGAAACAACAUAAAUAACUGGAGCUUCUUGUGUUAUGAGAGCAUCUCGAGGACCCUAAAGGGGAGUGGCCAGAUGGUUGAUAUUGAAAUGUUCAAUUAUGAUGGUUUUACACCGCUGCAUGCAGCAGUCUUGUCUCACAACGCUGUUGUUAAAGAGAAGAGGAGUCUGGGAAAUCUUUGUGCAUAUAUGGAAAAGGAGCUGGUGAAGAGGACACGCAUGUAUGUUGAGUGUAUUAAGACUCUGCUGCUCAUGGGCGCCUCCAGUGGGACAAAGGAUCUAAAAAGUGGAAGAACGUGUCUUCACUUGGCUUCUGAGGAGGCUAAUGUGGAGCUGUUUAACAUUCUGCUGGACCAGCCAUCUUCACUGUCGGUUGUAAAUGUGAAGACAUUCAGUGGAAACACAGCCCUGCACAUCGUCAGCGCUUUGCAAAAUCAUAAAAGUCAAGUGAAGGCAGUGAAGCUGCUGGUAAGAAAAGGCGCGGACCCCGGGACCAGGAACCUUGAAAAUGAACUGCCGUCUCAGCUGGUGCCUGGAGGACCCAUCGGUGAAAAGGUGCAGAAGAUCCUGAAAGGGAAAUAUUCAUUCAUGCUUAAGUGAAGCUCUAACACACUGUCAGUCAGACAGUCCAUUCUAUCAUAGUAUUAUUUGCCAGAACAAGGCAGAUGCUGGUUGUUUCAGUGAAACAUACUAAAUUGUUCAUUACCAUGUAAUGCUCAUAAGAGAAAGUGAAAAAAUGAAUUGUAUUUUAUUGUUUAUUAACUUUAAGGUGAUACUUUAAGAUCACCAUACAAUGAGCGAACAUGCUCUCCAAAUCUUUGUUUUGGGUGAUUUAUGAUUAUUGCAUUAUUACAUUUUUCAUAGUUAUGGAGGAUUUCAUUUUUAAUAAAUUGUUUUAAGAGAUUUCCGUAAUAACUUUUGCAUACUUUUGGUUUCUUUGGUUCAGUUGAAGGAAGUGUUAUUCUACAAAUCAUUGUAUUUGUAAAUCGAUAUCAGUUACAUGUUGUACUUGAUUUGAAAAAUAUUUAUCCAUCUUUGUUUAAAGGUUUAAUAUUGUACUUUUAAAGUUUACUGUGUGAUAUCAUGAAAUUUCUGAACAACAUUCUUUUAAUAGAUUAAUAUUUCAUAUUUUAUUUUUUUAUUCAAAGGGUUAAGCAACAUGUCAUUUUUCUGGUGUAUACUGUAUUAUGUAUAAUAUUGUAGAUCACAAAAAAAUCUUUUUUAUUGAAUAUAUUGUGCUGAUACAUCUAAGUUGUCUUCCCAAACGUUUCUUGAACUUAAUGUUAUUCUUGAAGAUUUGUAAAUGUGUUUUAAUCAAAAUGUUAUAAAUGAUCCAUGUACCUAAUUUCCCUGCUGGGGAUCAAUAAAGGUUU